GUACAUAAUAUACAUAUGUAAUAAUAUAAAUCGGUAAAAAUAUGAAAUGAGUAAAACAAAGAAAUAUUGCAUCGAUAAAUAUUAGUAAAAAAUUCUCAGCUUAUUUGAACAAGAAACAGGCGGUAUACAUAAAUACACAAAUAUUUCAAUGUGUUAAAGUUCUACCAGUCGGCAAGAAGAAAAUAUUUAGCAGAAAAAUAUAUUUUGGAACUACAAUUUUAUAAAGAGAAGAAAAAAAAAGAAAGAAACUUUUUUCAUAAAGCGCAACGUUUAAAGAUUUAUCAAAUAAAUUUAUAUAUCAAACUAAGAAAUAAAAUGAAAGAAGAACAAGCGGAACAAAUACUUAGCGUGUUAUAUAUUUCCUGUGCAAUUUUAUCGGUGACAUCUUUGACCUGUUUGGUCACCAUUUGGCAAUAUUGGACAUAUACCUUGGAUGUUUGCGAUAGCAUCAACUGCGGCUGCAUAUUAUAUAGUAUCAAUACUUUCGCUAGUUUUAUGGGAGGUGAUGAAAAAUUUUGCCAUUUUAGCGUAUACAGUUUGAUUCCUAUAAUUGUAAUCGGUUUAUGUCUCGGUGGAUAUCAUGGAUAUAGAAGUUGCAUUAAUAGAAAUUUAGAUAUGCCUAUACAAAUCUAUAACAAUGUUAACAGAAAUUUAAACAGUAGCAAAGCAACAACAACAGUGGUGAUAAGAUCUAAAAAUCGAACUCCAUAUAAACAAUGGAUACCUGCUGUGUUCCUUACAGUAUUACUUUGCUGUUUAUCAUUGGCUCAUGCAAUAGUGAUAACCGAUGGUUAUUACAAAAGUUGUGAGCAAUGUAGAAAAAGAUUAAUAUAUCUUUUAAAUUCCGGACGUGAAGCCGAGGUUAUUCGUAACAGACUUUCUUGCGGAGCGAUCUUUGAUUUUAUGGAUUAUUUACAAGCAGAUAUGACAAAUAAUGAUAAAUGGAUAAUGAAUAAAGAGAUUGAUACUGGUUUUGCUUUCCGGUUAGCUAUUAUUUCAACAUGGUUCAAUUUUUUUGCUUGGACAUUUGCAUUCUUGCUGAACAUUAUUAUGGCGCGCAAAAGAUUUCGUUGAUAUUAAGUUAUCGAUCAAAAGUUAUCGAUUAAGAAAUAUUUCUUAUUAAACAUAAUAAACUGUCAAAUAUCAAAUUUAAAUCCUAUAAUUGAUUUAAUAAUUAUAUCAUUUAAUAGUUGAUCUAUAAAUGUAAUUAUUAAUGCUAAUCAUCGA